UGUGAUUGGAGGUUAUGUGUUGUUUAUGUUGUUAUUAUUUUAAAAAUUAAUUCAUAUAAUGUUAUCUUAUGAAAAUAAGUUAGUUCUUGCUCCAAUGGUCCGCAUAGGAACAUUACCUAUGAGAUUAUUAGCCCUUAGAUACGGUGCUGAUAUAGUAUAUACAGAAGAACUCAUUGAUUGGAAGUUUUUACGUUCAAAGCGCAGAAUUAAUAAUAUACUUAACACUAUUGACUAUGUUGAUCAGACAGAUGGCACAAUUGUAUUCCGGACAUGUGACGAGGAAAAAGACAGGGUUGUUCUGCAAUUAGGCACUUGUGAUGCAGAACGAGCACUCAAAGUUGCCAAAUUAGUGGAAAAUGAUGUGGCUGCAAUAGACAUCAAUAUGGGUUGUCCAAAAGAGUUUUCCAUUAAAGGUGGAAUGGGAGUAGCCCUGAUGGGCCAACCAGACAAAGCAUGGAAGAUACUAAACACACUAGUCACUAAUCUCUCUAUACCAGUGAGCUGCAAAAUAAGGAUACUGAACUCCCCGGAACAAACUUUAGAACUUGUGAACAAGUUAGUAAGUUCAGGCAUUAAGGCUAUAGGAAUCCACGGCAGGACAAAAGAGGAGAGACCACAACAUGCUGUACAUGCUGAUGUUAUCCGCUAUGUUGCGGAAAGAAUAUCAAUACCAGUUAUUGCAAAUGGUGGAUCAAAAGAAAUAGAAAAACACAGUGACAUACACAAGUUCAAAGAAGUGACUGGCUGCAAGAGCGUUAUGCUGGCCAGGGCAGCAGAAUGGAACUGCUCCAUCUUUAGGAAAGAAGGCUUAUUGCCAAUGGACACAGUCAUCAAGGAGUACCUGAAACUUGCUGUAGAUUAUGAUAAUUCACCAUCAAAUACUAAAUACUGUGUUCAAAAUGUUCUAAGAGAGUUGCAAGAGACACCUAGAGGGAGGCAGUUUUUAGAGUGUCAAACACUUGAACAAAUAUGUGACAUUUGGGAUUUGGGACAAUAUUGUCAAGAGAAACAAUCACAAUAUCAGAAAAUGGGGAUACAGGGGAGAUGGCAGGUUACUCCUGAGGAUUUGGAGCCUCCUCAUAAGAAACAAAAAGUGAUAGAUGACCUCGAAGGAGUUCAACAAAUGAAGGUAUGUUUUAUACGAGGCAAUUUUGAUGAUUUAAACUUGCCAAAAGCUAGACUACAUGCUUGGGCAGGAAAAAAUGGCCAUAACUUGCCAGUGUAUGAUACAAAGCAGGUAACUAAACUAUUCCGGACAGUAAUUACAUUUAAUGGAAAAAAAUAUACUUCAUCAUUUUGGGAAAAAAACAAAAAGUUUGCAGAACAAGGCGCUGCUUUAGUUUGCUUGUUCUAUCUGGGUUUGGUAACGGAAGAUGAAUUGUUACAGCUUGGUAGCAUAAUAAAAUAAUUAAAAAUCUA